ACGCGAUGCAACCAUCACCACCAAGACGAGACCGGGAUUCUUGAGACCACAUUGCAGCUGGCUGCUUCAUCAAUUCUCCUGAGGUGUCUUUAUCACCAUGAGUGCUUCGUUCCAUUCAUGAUUUCACUUCUUCUCAUUCAUUCAUGACCUUUGACAUCUGACCUCUCAUCUUUCACCAUGCCCCCCAAAGCAACAAAAAGGGGCAAGGCCUCCAAGGCCACCACCACCACCACCACCACCCCCGAAGAAUCAGAACCAAAAACAACAGCAACAUCCGCCCCUGACCUCUUCACCAAAUCCAAGGAAGCCUACGAGCAAGAACUCAAAGACCUCGCCAAAAAGGCCCGCUCCCAAAAGGGCUACUGGGCCGGCCAGUUCGCCAUCUACACCCACACCUUCAUCCUGCUCGCUCUCAUCGCCAUCGCCUCCAACGUCUCCCAGCUCGUUCUCUCGCCCGUCUACGGCUCCAUCCCCGCGGCGAUAUGGCACUCCAAGCUAGUCAUGGCCGGCUGUUUCACCGGCUGGGCCUCCAACAUCUUCUUGGAUCGCGCUUUGCCCAUUGAGCCAGUCGAGCUGCUGCCUCUGAUCGCCAUGUACAUUCCGCCCGCUCAGUACCUCCUUUUCAAGGCCAGCGGCUACAUGGGCGCUUACUAUGGCCCAUUGGUCACGGAGCUGUUGACGCUAUUCCCCCUGAUUACCGUCUCCUCGGCCUGUGUCGCGACAAACCUGGAGUAUGCCGACUUUGGACCGCUGCCCAAAGCCAUUGCUGAGGCGGUGCCUGGCCUGGGCUCCUUCGGCUUCUUCAAAGUGGCCGAGAAGUUGAGCGGCGACUUUAUUGUGCAGAACAUCGGCAAGAACUUUUACAUGACCAGGAUCGGACUGGAGGGCUUGCUGGCUGCUUCCUACACGACCAUUGCGCCGUCCAAGUUCUUGUUGUUGGGGGUGCCCGCGUUGUUGCACACCACGCUUUUGAACCCGCAUCUGGCCUCGCCUAUGGCGCUUUCUAGGUUGAACAGCGGGCUGGAGAAGGAGGGAUGGCAUGUGCUGGACCGCCGCGACUCGAUCACGGGAUAUAUCUCGGUGGUGGACAGUUUGAAUGAUGGGUUCCGAGUGUUGAGGUGUGACCACAGUCUGCUUGGUGGCGAGUGGGUCAAGUUCAAGGACACUCCUCGGUUCAAGGGGAACCAGGUUGCUGAGCCUAUCUAUGGUGUCUUUGCCAUGUUGGAGGCCGUGAGGUUGGUCCAAGUGCCUAACCCGGUUCCUGACAACGAGGCGAAGGCUUUGGUAAUCGGCCUCGGCAUCGGCACCACCCCCGCCGCCCUCGUUGCCCACGGCAUCAACACCACCGUUGUUGAAAUCGAUCCUGUCGUCCACGAGUUCGCCUCCAAGUACUUCCAGCUUCCGUCCAACCACACCGCCGUCAUCGAAGACGCCGUAAGCUACACCGACCGUCUCGUCAACGAAACUCAAGGUGUCGGUCAAUAUGAAUACAUCAUCCACGACGUCUUUACCGGCGGCGCUGAGCCCGUCGCCCUCUUCACUUAUGAAUUCCUCCAAAACUUGCACUCCCUUCUCAAGCCAAACGGCGUCAUCGCCAUCAACUACGCAGGCGACUUCUCCCACCCCCCACCCCUCCUCAUCACCAACACCAUCCGCUCCGUCUUUGGUUCUUCCUCAUGCCGCAUCUUCCGCGAACACCCUCGCGACGAAGCCCAAGCCGCCGCCCACAACGGCCGCGAUUUCACGAAUAUGGUCUUUUUCUGCACCAAGGUUUCUACUCCCACUCAGGGAAUUACUUUCCGCAACCCAACCCCCCGUGACCUCCUCAACAGUCCCAGCCGCGAAGCCUUCCUUCUCCCCAAGUUUGAGGUGACAGACGACGAUCUCCUCAGAGCUGUCAAUGGCAGUGUAGAAGAGGCUAAGAAGCUGGGGAUUUUGCGAAAGAAUGAGACAGCGACGUUGGAAAAGUGGCAGACGGAAAGCGCGCUGGGCCAUUGGGAGAUUAUGAGGGGGGUGUUGCCUGAGGUUGUGUGGGUUAAUUGGUAGUUUUACCUGGGUAGAUGGUUCUACUAUGAGUAUCAGAGGGGAAGGGUAGGGUGGUUAAAGGGACUCAAUGAAGGAAAGGAGGAAAGAAAGAAAGAUGGGAUCGGGAUGCAUGGGAUGGGCUGGGAUGGGAUGGGGAGAGGGGGGGGAGGGGGGGGGGAAGA